UCAAUCUCCAACAUCACUCUCCCUAGUCCCUCUCCAACACCAUCUAAAAGUCCAUCUCCAACACCAUCCCCUAGUCCCUCUCCAACACCAUCUCCUAGUCCCUCCCAAACACCAUCCGCUAGUCCAUCUCCAACACCAUCUCCUAGUGCCUCUCCAACAUCAUCUCCUAGUCCAUCUCCAACAUCAUCUCCUAGUCCCUCUCCAACAUCAUCCCCUAGUCCCUCUCCAACACCAUCUCCUAGUCCAUCUUCAACACCAUCCGCUAGUCCAUCUCCAACAUCAUCUCCUAGUCCCUCUCUAACAUCAUCCCCUAGUCCCUCUCCAACACCAUCUAAUAGUCCAUCUCCAACACCAUCUAAAAGUCCAUCUCCAACACCAUCCCCUAGUCCCUCUCCAACACCAUCUCCUAGUCCCUCUCCAACAACAUCUCCCAGUCCAUCUCCAACACCAUCUCCUAGUCCAUCUCCAAUACCAUCUCCUAGUCCCUCUCCAACAUCAUCUCCUAGUCCCUCUCCAUCACCAUCUCCUAGUCCCUCUCCAACACCAUCUCCUAGUCCAUCCCCAACACCAUUGAAGACUACAACGUCUAAACCGUCUACGCCAUUGCCAACAACAGAAACAAAAUCUACUACUAAAAUCGUAGUAUCAUCUUUUAGUCCAUCUCCAACACCAUUGGAAACAACAAGUAAACCUUCUACGCCAUUACCAACAACGAAAGCAAAGUCUACUACAAAAUUCGUGACAUCAUCUCCGAGUCCCUCUCAAACACCAUUGAAGACACCAACGUCUAAACCUUCGACGCCAUUGCCAUCAACAAGAACAAACGCAAAGUCUACUACAAAAUACGUAACAACGACUCUUAGUUCCUCUCCAACACCAAUGAAGACUAAAACAUCUAAACCUUCUACGCCAUUGCUGACAGCAAAGACAAAACUUAAUAUCGAGAUCAUAACACCAUCUCCUAGUCCCUCUCCAAUUGCUGCAACUGCCUUUUAUAUUUGUACGGACGCAUGUCAUCGAUAUGCAUCCUGUAAACUGGUGGAUCUGGAAUCUGGAAAUUGUGUUUGCGAUCCAGGCUACCUAGGAGACGGGAUCACCUGUAGACCAGAUCCAGGCUCGAGAGAGCUCCAUUUCGAACAGCUACUCCCAGGAAGAACGUUCACAAACGCCCUUAGGAACAGAAAUUCUCGAGAGUUUAGGAGACUAGCAUUUCUGCUGAAUAACCAGUUAACGGGUUACCUUGAGAACAGCACCUUACGAGACGAUUUCAUUGGUCUUACUGUCCUGGAUUUCCGAAACGGCAGCGUCCUGGCAGAUUUUGUCGUGCACGUGAACACGUCUUCCAGCAUCAACCAGAGUCACAUCAGAGAAGCGUUCACACAGGGAGUUCAGAACAACCCAGAGGGCAACACCCUAGGCAUUGAUCCAGCAGACUUAUGCUAUAAGGCUGACGGUGAAAAGGCAUACUGUUCAUCAGUACGACCAACGGAGUUUAUCCCGACUACAACGGAUCAGAUGCUUAGUGGAGCUGUCGUUGCUGGCAUUGCUCUUGCUGCCCUGGCAGUGAUUCUGGUUAUUGCUGCUAUUUUUACGGUUUGGACUCGACAGAAAAGUUACAGGACAAAGGACUAUGAAGCUAGACUUGAGGCCAAGAACCCUUGGUGGGAAAAUUCUCGAUCAACAGUUGAAGCGAGAAGCUUGUCGCAGCGCACAAGCAUCAUACUAAAUGACUACGGAUUCAAAUACUAAUGGCAUUCAAUUUGCUAACGUUAUAAUAUAAUGUGAUGUGUGUAAUUAACAAUUCGUUGAUGGUCUCGAUGUUCGUGAUCGUGAUCGCUUGUAUAGGAACAGUACACAAGCACUUGCACCUAAAAUUACAAAACGUUAUGGCUAUCUAAACGCUUGUCGAUUCAAUGUACGGAUAUACAUAGGUAGAAUGCUUUUGAUGUAUUGGUUAUACAGAUGUCACAUAAUAGUUUCAAUAUAUUUCAUGUCCAUGGCCUUCUUGUGAAAUGUAUGCCAACUUUAAUAUGCAAUCUUUAUAUUAAAGUUUCGAUAUAUUCCAUAUAAGUAACUUCACUGUAAAAUAUAUAC